UCGCUGCCCCGCCCGUGACCCUCGCGCUUGCGGAGAGGUUAAAUGUCAGAGGUCUGGAGCCGUCAUGGCGGCGCUGUGUCGGACGCGUGCCGCGGCUGCCGAGAGUCAUUUCCUGCGCCCGUUCCUCUUCGCUCGGCCUCGUCGAGGCGCGGGCACUGAGAGUGGCUCCGGGAGCGAGAGUCCGGAGUCCGCGGAGCCUAGAACGCGCCCAGGCGGCUUCGCGAGCGCCCUGGAGCGUCACUCCGAGCUGCAGCGGAAGGCGGGGCUCGGCCGGCCGGGGGGCUCUCCGAAAAGUGUGGAAUCCUUCGCGUCGAUGCUGAGACAUUCUCCUCUCACACAGAUGGGCCCUGCCAAGGAUAAACUAGUCAUCGGACGGAUCUUUCACAUCGUGGAGAAUGAUCUCUACAUAGAUUUUGGCGGCAAGUUUCAUUGUGUGUGUCGAAGACCAGAAGUGGAUGGAGAAAACUUGAGUUCGACUCUAGGUUCGAUGUCCCCAACUACAUCAUCACAGAUCUUGGCCAGGAAAAGACGGAGAGGAAUCAUUGAGAAGCGUCGCCGAGACCGGAUCAAUAACAGUUUGUCGGAGCUGAGGAGGCUGGUACCCAGCGCUUUUGAGAAGCAGGGAUCUGCCAAGCUGGAAAAAGCCGAGAUCCUGCAGAUGACAGUGGAUCACCUGAAAAUGCUGCACACUGCAGGAGGGAAAGGCUACUUUGACGCGCACGCCCUGGCCAUGGACUAUCGGAGUUUGGGGUUCCGGGAAUGCCUGGCAGAGGUCGCCCGUUACCUGAGCAUCAUCGAAGGACUGGAUGCCUCCGACCCGCUUCGAGUUCGCCUGGUCUCGCAUCUUAACAACUACGCUUCCCAGCGGGAAGCGGCGAGCGGCGCGCACGCGGGCCUCGGACACAUCCCCUGGGGCGGCGCCUUCGCUCAUCACGCGCACGUCGCGCACCCGCUGCUGCUGCCCCAGAACGGCCACGGCAACACCGGCCCGGCCGCCUCGCCCACGGACCCGCACCACCAGGGCCGGCUGGCCGGCGCACAUGCCGAGGCGCCCGCCCUGCGCGCGCCCCCUAGCGGCGGCCUUGGACCGGUGCUCCCCGUGGUCACCUCCGCCUCCAAACUGUCGCCGCCGCUGCUCUCCUCGGUGGCCUCCCUGUCGGCCUUCCCCUUCUCUUUCGGCUCCUUCCACUUACUCUCUCCCAAUGCACUGAGCCCUUCGGCUCCCACGCAGGCGGCGAACCUCGGCAAGCCCUAUAGACCGUGGGGGACGGAGAUUGGCGCUUUUUAAAGGACUGACGCUGUAGCAUGGGGGGCGGGGGAAGCUUCAAAUCCCAGCUGAGCUGGGCUGUCGCCAACAUCACCUGAAAGUCGUCAGUAACGUAAAAAGGAAAAAGGUACAAUUUCAGAUCAAUUUUGUUGAGAGACUGAAGGUUUGUUGGUUUACUUUUUCUUUUUUAAUGUUUUUUAUGUCAUCGAUUAGCAGUUUUUAAAAACUAGUUGUUAAAUUUUGUUACACAAAUUGAAAUACUGAGUAUAAACAAACACUUGGUGAUAGGUUUGUACUGUGCCUAAUUUACUUUGUAAACCUGUCUAAAAAUGAUUCCAUUUUCUGCCUCAAAGUUUGAAGAAGCCUAACAUUUAGUGUUUUGGGGCAGUUUUUCUCCUUGUAAAGCCACAGUCUGUUUUUAGGACUUGUUUUCCAAACCACUAAGCUCAACGUUAACAUGACGCUAUUUGUUAAUAUUUUGACAAUUAAGGUGUUGUAUAAAUAAUAUUCUUUUUUGGGGGGAGGGGCUAUAUUGAAUUUUAUAUUUCCGAACAAAGCGUUGACAAAUCAGAUGAUCAGCUUCAUCCAAGAAAGAACACUAGUUAAUUCUCUGCCUCCUAUAGCACUGCGGUGAAUGUACACGUCGUCAGGGCCCCUGAGUCCCUGUGACCAACUGCUGUCAUGUGCCGGGACUCACAGAUCUGGCUCAGUUAGGAGAGAGCCACUUGUACCUUAGGUAGCCAUGUGGAGUUGGCCAGGAGGAGACGGGAGGUAUUUCUGUAGCACACGCCUGCGUUUACCAGCCCAAGCGAUGCAAUGCAUUUUGAAUGUCACGGAUCUCAAGAUUCACAGACGUUAACCCGGAUAAGUCAACGGUCAGGGCGGGCGAGUGGUCAGCUGCAUCGGCCAGUGGCGCCUGUUAAAAGCAUCGCCGAAUUCUUCCAGGCACUGCCGCGUUUCCUUUGCACUGGAAAUUCCUCACGUUGUGUUUUUCUCUUUUGGUGCAUGGAAAUGGGGCUGUUGAGAUAUUUUAAAGGGCUUUGCUGCCUUCUUUCUGGUUCAUGGCAUUUGAUUUGGGCUGUGAAGACAUCAUUUUGCAGCUUUAUGCCUUUAGCAGGUGUAGCUUGAACGACCUCCGCCGAAGUGGGCUCGACCUCUGCUGUACUGAUGUGUCGUGACUUAAUAAAAGGAAGGAACAAACUC